UUUCCCUUGAAAACCUCUUCCUUCCCAGUUGCCGGCCAUGCCAACCGUCAUCAGCGCAUCGGUGGCCCCACGGACGAGGGCCGAGCCCAGGUCCCCGGGGCCAAUUCCCCACCCUGACCAAGGCAGGACCACCGAGGCCGGGGGCGCGAACCCCAGUGGCAUCUAUUCCGCCAUCAUCAGCCGCAAUUUUCCCAUCAUUGGAGUGAAAGAGAAGACAUUCGAGCAGCUUCGUAAGAAGUGUCUGGACAAGAAGGUUCUUUAUCUGGAUCCUGAGUUCCCACCGGAUGAGACCUCUCUCUUUUACAGCCAGAAGUUCCCCAUCCAGUUCAUCUGGAAGAGGCCUCCGGAAAUUUGUGAGAAUCCCCGAUUUAUCAUUGGUGGUGCCAACAGAACUGAUAUCUGUCAAGGAGAUCUAGGUGACUGCUGGUUUCUUGCAGCCAUUGCCUGCCUGACCCUGAACGAGCGCCUGCUUUUCCGAGUUAUACCCCAUGAUCAGAGUUUCACCGAAAACUAUGCGGGGAUCUUCCACUUCCAGUUCUGGCGCUAUGGAGAUUGGGUGGAUGUGGUUAUUGAUGACUGCCUGCCAACUUACAACAAUCAAUUGGUUUUCACCAAAUCCAACCACCGCAAUGAAUUCUGGAGUGCUCUGCUGGAGAAAGCUUAUGCUAAGCUCCAUGGUUCCUAUGAGGCUCUGAAAGGUGGGAACACUACGGAGGCCAUGGAGGACUUCACAGGAGGGGUGACAGAGUUUUUUGAGAUCAAGGAUGCUCCCAGAGACAUGUACAAGAUCAUGAAGAAAGCCAUCGAGAGAGGCUCCCUCAUGGGCUGUUCCAUUGAUGAUGGCACAAACAUGACCUAUGGAACCUCUCCUUCUGGACUGAAAAUGGGGGAGUUGAUUGCACGGAUGGUGAGGAAUAUGGAUAACUCGCAGCUCAGGGACUCAGACCUCGUCCCCAGAGGCUCAGAUGACAGACCGACCCGGACAAUUGUUCCGGUUCAGUAUGAAACAAGAAUGGCUUGCGGGCUGGUCAAAGGCCAUGCCUACUCGGUCACUGGGCUGGAGGAGGCCCUCUUCAAGGGUGAAAAAGUGAAGCUGGUGCGGCUGCGGAACCCCUGGGGCCAGGUGGAGUGGAACGGCUCCUGGAGUGAUGGUUGGAAGGACUGGAGCUUUGUGGACAAAGCUGAGAAGGCGCGUCUGCAGCACCAGGUCACUGAAGAUGGAGAGUUCUGGAUGUCCUACGAUGACUUCAUCUACCAUUUCACAAAACUGGAGAUCUGCAACCUCACGGCCGAUGCCCUGGAGUCCGACAAGCUGCAGUCGUGGACGGUGUCUGUGAACGAGGGCCGCUGGGUGAGGGGCUGCUCUGCCGGAGGCUGCCGCAACUUCCCAGACACUUUCUGGACCAACCCACAGUAUCGCCUGAAACUCCUGGAGGAGGACGACGACCCUGACGACUCCGAGGUGAUCUGCAGCUUCCUGGUGGCCCUAAUGCAGAAGAACCGGCGGAAGGACCGCAAGCUGGGGGCCAACCUCUUCACCAUUGGCUUUGCCAUCUACGAGGUUCCCAAAGAGAUGCAUGGAAACAAGCAGCAUCUGCAGAAGGACUUCUUCCUGUACAACGCCUCCAAGGCCAGGAGCAAAACCUACAUCAACAUGCGAGAGGUGUCUGAGCGCUUCCGCCUGCCUCCCAGCGAGUAUGUCAUUGUGCCCUCCACCUAUGAGCCCCACCAGGAGGGAGAAUUCAUCCUCCGGGUCUUCUCUGAAAAGAGGAACCUCUCUGAGGAAGUUGAAAAUACAAUCUCUGUGGAUCGGCCAGUGAAAAAGAAAAAAGCCAAGCCCAUCAUCUUCGUUUCGGACAGAGCAAACAGCAACAAGGAACUGGGUGUGGACCAGGAAUCAGAGGAGGGCAAAGACAAAACAAGCCCUGAUAAGCCAGAGAAAUCCCCACAGCCACGGCCUGGCAAUACUGACCAAGAGAGUGAGGAGCAGCUGCAAUUCCGGAACAUUUUUAGGCAGAUAGCAGGCGACGAUAUGGAGGUCUGUGCAGACGAGCUCAAGAAUAUCCUUAACAUGGUUGUGAAUAAAAAUAAGGACCUGAAGACACAAGGGUUCACGCUGGAGUCCUGCCGUAGCAUGAUUGCUCUCUUGGAUACAGACGGCUCUGGGAGGCUGAACUUGCAAGAGUUUCAUCACCUCUGGAAGAAGAUUAAAGCCUGGCAGAAAAUUUUCAAACACUAUGACACAGACCAAUCUGGUACCAUCAACAGCUAUGAGAUGCGAAAUGCAGUCAAUGACGCAGGGUUCCACCUCAACAGCCAGCUCUAUGACAUCAUUACCAUGAGGUAUGCAGACAAGCACAUGAACAUCGACUUUGACAGCUUCAUCUGCUGCUUCGUCAGGCUGGAGGGCAUGUUCAGAGCUUUUAAUGCCUUUGACAAGGAUGGAGACGGUAUCAUCAAGCUCAACGUUCUAGAGAUAUCAACCAGAGCAGGACUGAGUAGCUUCCUAUCUUAUACUCAACUGCCAUGCAGAGAGCCUGAGUUUCAGAAUACAAUGGAAGACACGUAUACAUGCACAAACAAAACCUGGACCCUGUGUUAAUCAUGCCUAUUGCUAUUUCCUGAACUUAGGAAUCACUCCAAUACUCUCCAAGAUCAACAAGGAAAGGAAGGGGAAUAGUUGUUGGUGUAUAGAAUAUAAAGAAUAAAUGAGUCACCCCGGAGGGGCCAGUUACCUGAGUGUAAUAGAACAGAGAUGUAGAUGUAGUUUGUUUUUUAGGAGUAUCAGAACUAUAACACUAAUCUGACAUCUGUAUACACUAUAAAGCGAUCACCCAAAAGUCUACUUACUAUCCAUAACCCUACCAUGGACCCCCUUUCAUGCCUAUCACCCACCUCACUCCCCCACCAACCCCAAACCCCUUCCUCUCUGGUAAACAAACACUGAUCUGUUUUCUGUAUCUUUUUGUGUUUUUUUUUUUAGAUUGCACAUAUGAGCAAAACCAUACAGUAUUUGUGUCUUUUUCCUCUGACUUACUUCAUUUAGCUUAAUACUCUCAAGGUCCAGCUUUGCUAUUGCCAAUAGCAAGAUUUCGUUAUGUUUUUAUGGUUCAGUAGUAUGCCAUACACAUAUGCUAUAGCUUCUUUAUUCACGCAUCCACUGAUGGACAUCUAGGUUGUUCCCGUAUUUUGGUUAUUGUAAAUAAUGCUGCAGUGAACAUAGGGGUAUAUAUAUCU